GAGCAGUUGGGGGUUCAGUGGGUGGAGAGAGCGCUGUACACCCACUAAGACUAAAAAUCACAACCAGGGGCGACGGACUGGGGGUAAAACCAGUACUGAUUAUCGGGGGGUGAUAAUUUGACAGUGAACGUUAAACUGUUGGGACCACAACCACUACUAUUCACGCGUCCUUUUCGUCGAGAUCAUUGUGCGUUUCAGAGAACGCGCAGUGCGUGCAUCAUCAAACUGUCAUCAAACUGUACGUGACCAGUCACUCGGGAGUAGUUCUUGGCUCCCUCGCGCGGAGAUUCCUGUUUACCUUUAUGUCCGGAAUGGGGUUUCAAGCUGUAGAAAUAUUCGAAGCUUUCAACGCCAUAUCCUCAUUCAGUUCAAGUUGAUGUAGCUACCACUUAAAAACAAAAUAUUAUGGAUUUUCAUAAACAAACGAUUUUGUGCAUCGUGAUCAUUUCGUCGUGCGUUGGAAUGGUAUAUAGCUGUGCUUGUUCACGAGAUCUAAAACACUGUGCAAAAAUUUACCAAAUGUCAGUGGACUUUCAAACGGCUCAGCAGAAUUGCAGACAAGAGGGCGGUCAGUUAUUUAAGCAUAUCCAGUCGAAUGCAUCAAAUGAAGUUGUCAACUAUCUCCUUAAUAACCUGAUCGGACACUUCUGGACCGGACUCCGUCUACCAAGCGACAAGUGUUUAAAUAAUACGAGCACAUUACGCGAAGGCGAACAGAUCACGGAAUUCACCAACUUGGAGACCGAAGAAACAUGGUGCGCCCCACUCUGCGUGUCUGUCUCCAGCGACGGAAUGCGGACACCGAGACCAUGCACGGACAAACUGGAUGGGUUUUUGUGCGAGGACUCUCAAGGAGAUCUUUGCGAAGGAAAUGCGGUCGUUCUGGAUAAUGAGCAAUGUAUGCUUGGACCCUGUGAACAUACAUGUACUCCUCUAGAAUCUGGAUACAGGUGUUCGUGUAUAGCAAGAUUCCGUCCAAAUGCACGAGAUCCACGCCGCUGUGAUUUCUAUUGCUCCACGAGAGUUUGUGAAGCGAUAUGUUAUGCUACGUUGAUUGGAAACUCGUGUUGGUGCCCGGCUGGUUUCAUUAGAAGCCAACAAAACUGCGAAGAUAUUGAUGAAUGUGAAUCAAAUCAAGGCUGCGCACAGAUGUGCCUAAAUACGAUAGGAAGUUAUAGCUGUGCUUGCUACGAGCCGUUCAUCCUCGUUAAUGGAACUGAAUGCAUUCUUGCUUCUAGUCGAUAUGAUGGUGAAGUAUUCAGAAAAUCGUCACAUAAUUCUAUAGCAAGUGGGACACUGUCGACCCCAGGUGCUGGGCUGAUAAUAUUCAUAUUAGUGGCUGUUUUUGCUCUAGUAGUACUUGUGAAUUAUCUGCACAGUCGUAAAGCAACUGUACAGGAAUGCAAUCCACCAGAUUAUAAAGAGUUUCAAGAAAGUAUACCUAAGGAAAUAAAAACUGUUACAUAAGUGUUUUCUUAAAAUAGAUAGCUGGUGGUAAUGUCUCUGUGUAUAUAUCAAUAUGUUUGUGACUGUAUAGGCCUACAUUCUGUGAAUAAUUACACUUGUUUUUUAGUAUUUACUUGUUUGGUCCCACUUUAUAUUAGGUGGCCAUAACUACUAUGUACUUACAUAAAAAAUAAGUACAAUGUACUUAUUGUGUUCAUAUUGUAUUGUAAAACACUUUUGCUGCUAUUGAGGUGGGAUAGGGGUAAGGUCAGGGAGAGGGUUGGAGGUAUGGGUAAGUUUAAUGGUGGGUUAUGGUGUAAAGUGUAGGUCAACAGUG